AUGGACCAAUUGGCGUCCCAACUCGGAAGCGCUGAGCUCCAAGCUCUCAUUGCUGCAUUGCCACACGAUUUGACUCUCAACCCAGCGUCGAGCAAGCCAUCAUCUUCUUCUGGAAGCGAUCUGUCAGCAUCCAACUCAUCUUCCUGCAUCUUUCCUCCACUUAAUGAUAUGGCGGCACUUUCGAUGCUUUCUCUCGGAGCCUAUCCGGGACUAUUCCCUGGAUUUCCAUUGUUAUCCACUCUCCCAUAUUUGAAUUUGAACCCAAACUCUACAAUUGAAUCUUUGGGACUUAUCAACUCUGCACUUUAUCAACAACAAAAAGAUGUACAAGCCAUGAUGAACGCCGCUACCUCUAACUCCUUGGCUGCAACUCUUGCUGCUGAUGGUCGUCCCCGUGCAUUUUCCAGUGCUGCCACAUUGCAACAUGUGAAGGAUCAGGAGAAGCGUCGCAAGCGUACUAGGAAGUGUGAGCCAGCUCUUCCAAUCACCACUAGUACAAUCACUUGCUCUUCGAACUCUUCCCCAUCAUCGAGCACCACAGUAACUUCAGUGCUCCGCACUUUGGUCGAAGAUGAUGACAGUGAUGUGCAUCCAAACAAGGUUCGCCCAAUUCAAGUGACCCCAGAAGAGGAAGAAGAAAUUCGAAGAAAAACUCAAGAACUUCUCAAUAAUGUACCAAAACAAACUGUGGAGCCAGAGGUCAGCUCAAAUGGACCACUCCGUCGUUUGAUUCGAGACGAAGACCUUCCAGAUGAGGUCGGACCAGACUCGCCAUUCCGUCACUACCCAAAGUAUCAGCAGAAACCUCGUUCACAACUAGUCAUGCUCCAAGGAAUCCAAGCAGCCGUCGCCUGUAUGUGUAUAGAAGCAUUCCAACUCAACGAUAAAUCUGAUGAGGAGAAACAAGCUCUUCGUCAGAAACAACAAGGCCUGUCGCUGGACGAUUUGGUCAAAGAGACGGUUCGCCAGGAGCUUAUAGCUGCAGAAUAG